AGUUGAAAACUUGAAAUUGAGUGCCGCGCGUCAUGGCGAAAGUGGAGCACCAAGCAAUCUUUGGAGGUGUUAAUCUCCUGGAGUCGUAAAGGAGCAACAAGAAGACUAUGACAUUUCAAGGCGAGCUGGACAUAGCAAGAAACACGAGCUUUUAUCCUCUUUUGUGCCAUUAACAUUGUCAAAUACGCGCCAUAGGGCUACCAUGAAUACUAACAAGAUUCUCGAUAGUGAAAAUCGCAUGCAGACGCCUACCCAGCAGCAACACCAGCAAAAUCAAGUUCACCCCCCUCCCGGUACAUCACGCCGUCCACUGCCAUCCAUACAAGCUGGCCAUCUCCAGUUCCUCCCUUCGAGCUCUCCUGGGGUCCAGACAAAAGGCCAAGCUCCGCAUGAUGCGUCUGGGACGUUUGUUGCCAUUAGUCCUCACCCAAGCGCAUCGCAAGGAGGCAACAUACCUCCAUCCUCAUCCGUAGGAAGUCCGCAGCAGCACUACCCACCAUCGUCAUUCCAGCAGAAUCAAUAUCCGGGACAAUACACGUUAUCCCAGCAGCCCCCACAAUUCCCAACCGCGCACCCACAACCUUAUCCAUACACACACGCUCGUGGAUAUGCACCACACUUUCCUCUAGAAUCUGGCCAGUAUCAACAAAAUCCACUAGGCUUCCGACCCAUGAUGCAGGCGCACUCACCACAUGAUGCGGGUGGGCGUUCCUAUCCGUCUGGUGGUAAUUCGGGAAUGUACUUCACUGCACAUAGCCCCACGGGUCACUCUCCGCUACCUGUACAGCAGCCUCCUCCGGGCGCCUCUGGUUCACAUAGUACAUUGCAGUACCAGUCUGUGCGCUAUCCCAGUCCAUACACUCCUUACCGUUACAACAAUGCAUAUCAGCCAAAUCCAUACCAGUGGUACUACAGUUCACCUGUCCCACCUGAAUUUAACGAGAGGAUCCACAUGCAUUAUCAACAUCAGUACCCAAUACACUUUCCACCUCUGCAGGAUUCUCCUUCGACAGACUUGGAGACACGUUUUUCGCAAGCCUCUAUUCAUGGCGGACCUGCUUUACCUGUGCAGUCGACUGCUCCACCCGCGGUUCUGUCGGCAAGGCAUCCACCUCAGGUACCUCAGGCUGUGUCAGCUCCCCCACCAUCAUCGGCUCCCGUGUCGAACUCUCCCGCUAUGGUCACCCGCUCCGAACGUGCCCCAUCAACAGUUACUACUCCACCUCGCCCUCGUUCUGAACGUCCCAUUGUACGUCGAGUUUAUCAUCCCAAUCCCCCCUCCCAUAGAUCCGAAUGGGUGAUGUGGAUAGGGAAUGUUCCAGGUGGUACCACCCAUGACGAACUCUGGAAAUUCUUGAAGCGCUCUCCUUCUAUGGACAAUGACUCGUUUGAGUCUGAAGACAAUGGUGUUCUAUCAAUUUUCUUAAUCUCCCGGUCAAACUGCGCAUUUGUCAACUUUGACACGGAAGUGCACUUACGGUGCGCAAUUGUGCGGUUCAAUGGGCAACAGCUCCAUCCACAUGAACGGCGGGGUCCACGACUUGUUUGUCGAGCACGUCGCAAAGAGGAUGAUCUGCGUGCUGGGGUAGGUGGGCAACGGGGAGUGGGUGUGCACACUCGCUAUAUCCGUGAGCAAUCUCAGCAGGGACAAACGGAUAAGCAGGUUGCACCAAGUGAAGACGAUCAGUCAUCACCUACCGAUCGCUUUUCGAACAUAUCGAGUGAGUCAGGACAUCCACUAGCCGUGCCUGUGCCAUUACUGUCAAGUGAUGAGGAGGCUGCCCGAGCCCGCCCAAGUUUGCAAUUCGGAGGCAGUGUCAAGGCUCAAUCAAAUAGUUCCUAUGCGUCGACGAACUCUAGCUUUUUGUCAAGAUAUUUUCCGAAACGCUUUUUCAUUCUGAAGUCUUUGACGCAGUCCGACCUAGACUUGAGUGUUGAAAACGGAUUGUGGGCAACUCAAAGGCAUAACGAGGCCAUUCUUGACCAGGCUUACCGCACUAGCAAUGAAGUUAUCUUGAUAUUUAGUGUGAACAAGAGCGGAGAGUUUUAUGGAUAUGCACGGAUGGCCAGUCGGAUAUUACGGGGCGAGCACAAAGUUUCGUGGGCAUCGCAUGCAGACUCUUCGACGACCUCUCUUUCCUCGUCUCGGCGCGAGCACGGCAGUCCUAGCCUAGUUGCUACUAAUCAACCCUUCUUCACGCCAUCAGAACACCGUCUCGUCGAGGAGUCGCCGAUGCCUUUCACUCCAUAUUCUGGAGGGUUGCUGAGCAAUAAACCUUCUCCCAUGGAGCCACACCGAGCAUCUGCACCAGCUGCACUCGGACCUCGCCCGCGGCGGGAAUUUUCGGCAGAGCCACCAACUCCUCUCAGUGACAGCGGGAAUGUUAGGUUAACUGCCAGAUUAAUAUCCAAGGAUUUUGCAGAUUCGACUCCCGACAUUGUGCUCGACAAAAAUGCGCCCGUCCGGGCGGUACGGAAUAAGGGGAGCACAGAUGGCACGAAGUCGGUGGGAUCUGCCUUGCAAGCUGUGGAAGAAGAGAAUAACAGUAUAAGUAGCGAUGAUGGCGACGCUGGGGAAGAACAGCUGAAAGAUGACGCGAUGCCAUCGAUGACAAAGAACGUUGGGGACGAGGAGCAACAGGGUUGGGGACAGGCAUUCAAGGUGGAGUGGCUCUGCACUGACCGUCUUCCUUUCCAUUGCACUCGACACCUUCGUAAUCCUUGGAACCAUGAUCGGGAGAUCAAGAUCUCGCGGGAUGGUACGGAGGUUGAGCCAGGGGUGGGUCAACAGCUUUUGGAACAAUGGCAGACACUCACUGCUGCGCCAACGGUAACGGACACAACCAAGUCGACCGCCGCGAUACAUUAACGUACGGCCAAGCCCAUGUCAACGCUCUCAUCGACCGCGGUAAACUCAGGGCACAGUGGGGAAUCAUUAUGAUUGACACGUUUACACGGUCUCAAGACCACGAGAAAUCACAGCAGGCGCUGCAAAUCAUACGUAGACAUACACCAUUCAUUUGACUCAUUCAUUCUCAUCUUCACUUCAUCUUCAGACAUUUUACGACACAAAUAUGUAUACUUGAAUAUUCACGCGACAAGAAUUAUCUGUUUUUAGUUUAGUAAUCUUUGUGGGGCUUGUGUUUUGUGAUACUGGGUCCAGUUUUCCUAUCACGCCUGUCAUGCAGCGAUACUUUCUUAUUAGCAUAUGUUAUAUACGCGUAUGAUAAGGGUC